AGCCCAUCUCUUCUCUUGGCUGGAUUUAACAAGAUGAGCUACAAAAGGAGCCCCUGAUAUGACAUAUCUUGGUAGAAAGAAAGAGAGUGGAAACUGGCUAGCAAUGUUCAUUUCUUGUCUUGUCUUUUUCCUUUCUGCUCUUCACAAUGCUGCUUCACUUGUAGAUACAAGCACAUUUCUAAUAUAUAAUGAAGACCAUAAGGUCUGUGUAUAUGUUCAAGCCGCCACGUAUGUUACAACGGCUGUUUGUAGUUAUGAAACUGAGGCCCAAAAAUUCAAGUGGAUUUCCAGAUACCAGUUGAUGAGUGUUUCCAAUAAAUUAUGUCUGGGAGUAUCUUCAAAAAUUGAUUGGACACCAGUUGAGCUGUACCCAUGUGAUUCAACAAAUAGCUUACAGAAAUGGGAGUGCAAAAAUGACACACUUUUUGCUAUCCAAAAUGCAAGCCUGUAUUUCAACUAUGGCAACAAAGCUGAAAAAAGAAUUAUGCUCUACAAAGGAUCAGGCUUAUGGAGUAGAUGGCGAGUCCAUGGAACUAAAGAUGAUUUAUGCUCCCGGGGCUAUGAAGACUUAUUUACCUUAAAAGGCAACAGCAAUGGGGCUCCUUGUGUAUUCCCUUUCCAGUAUGCUACCAAGUGGUAUGCAGACUGUACAACUGAAGGAAGGACUGAUGGUUUGCUGUGGUGUUCAACCACAAGGGAUUAUAACAAAGACAAGAAAUAUGGAUUCUGUCCUGUGAACUCUGACUUCUAUUGGACUACAGACCCUGUGGCAAGUGUCCAGUAUCAAAUAAACUCAGAAGCUGCUCUAACCUGGUUCCAAGCUAGUAAAAGUUGCCAACAACAAGGUGCCGAUUUGUUGGGUAUCACAGAGGUACAUGAACAAAUGUACCUCACAGGGUUAACUUCUACUUUGAGUACUGCACUCUGGUUGGGUCUUAACAGUUUGGAUUUCAACAGUGGCUGGCAAUGGAGUGGUAGCUAUCCUUUCAGAUAUCUAAAUUGGGCACCAGGAAGCCCAUCCCCAGAGCCUGGGAAGAUCUGUGGAGUAUUAAAUCCUGGUAAAGCAGCCAAGUGGGAAAACCUGGAAUGUGAUAAAAAACUUGGUUACAUUUGUAAAAAAGGAAAUGCCACUCUGAACAACUUCAUUAUUCCUUCAGGUUCUGAUAUACUAGCUGAUUGCCCUGAAGGAUGGAUAUUUUAUGUGGGUCAAUGUUAUAAGAUGCGCAGACAAACUACUUCCUGGCAAGAUGCUUCUGGUCUGUGUAGAAGGGAAGGUGGUGACCUGGCAAGCAUCCAUAAUGUGGAAGAGUACAGUUUUAUUAUUUCUCUGCUUGGGUACAAACCAAGUGAUGAAUUGUGGAUUGGUCUGAAUGAUCUCAAGAUUCAAAUGUUCUUUGAAUGGUCAGAUGGGAGUCCUGUGACAUAUACCAAAUGGCUCCGUGGUCAGCCAACACAUACUAAUAACAGGGAAGAAGACUGUGUGGUCAUGAAAGGAAAGGAUGGGUAUUGGGCAGAUGAACCUUGUGACAUGGAAUAUGGUUACAUUUGCAAAAGGAAACCUUUAAAACAAGCACCAGAAAAGGAUAUAAUUGAUGAUGGAUGCUCAAAAGGCUGGAAAAGAUACGAUUUAUACUGCUACAUGAUUGGAAAUACAUUUGCAUCAUUUGCUCAAGCUGAUCAAAAGUGUACAGAAAAUGGGGCUAGUUUAGCUUAUGUUGAAAAUAGAUAUGAACAAGCCUUUCUGACCAGUUUGAUUGGCUUCAGGCCUGAAUCUUAUAUCUGGAUUGGUCUUUCUUCCAUACAAGAAAAAGGAACAUUCAGGUGGACCAAUGGACAACCAAUCCAAUUCACUCACUGGAAUUCAGAAAUGCCAGGUCGGAAGCCAGGCUGUGUUGCAAUGACAACUGGAAUUACAGCUGGAUUAUGGGAUCUUCUGAAAUGUGAGACCAGGGCAAAGUUUCUUUGUAAGCGCUUUGCUGAUGGUGUGACCCCUCCACCAAUACCAACUACAACACCUGCCCCUCAGUGUCCUGAAGGCUGGGUAACAAGUGGAGAAAGGAAUAUGUGCUUCAAAGCUUACUUAAAUCAUGGCAAAAGGUCCUGGGCAGAUGCUCGGAGUUUCUGUUUAGCAAUUGGAGGAGACCUGGCUUCCAUUUUUAAUACGAAAGAAUCCAAUACACUACAGAAUUAUUUGCGGGACUCUGGAAUUAGCAGUUUCAAAUACUGGAUUGGUUUAAAUUAUUUAAAUCCUCAGGAUGGGUUUAAAUGGAGUGAUGAUUCACCAUUAGGUUAUGUUAACUGGGGAUAUGGAGAACCCAAUAAUUAUAAUGGAGUUGAACACUGCGGAGAGAUAAAUCCAGAAAGCAUGUAUUGGAAUGAUGUACAUUGUGAAGAAAUAUAUUUCUGGAUCUGCCAGAUUACAAAAGGUGCGCAACUAAAAUCAGAACCAACAAAUCCACCUACUCCAAGUUAUAAAUUUACUAGUGAUGGCUGGCUCAUCAAUCAAGACAAGCAGUAUUAUUUCAACACCCACAAAUUUCCAAUGGAAGAGGCCCGUGCAUUUUGCAAAACAAACUUUGGAGAUUUGCUUGUCAUUGAAGAUAACACUGAAAGGAAGUUUAUCUGGAAAUAUAUCUUACAAAAUGAACAGGUGAAUAGUUAUUUCAUUGCACUGCAACUGAGCCUUGAUAAAGUAUCCAGCUGGAUGGAUGGAACUCCUGUCCAAUAUGUUGCCUGGGCACCACAUGAACCUAACUUUGCAAACAAUGAUGAAAACUGUGUGGUCAUUUACAGGACUACAGGACUUUGGAAUGAUAUAAACUGUGGAUAUCCAUCUUCUUUCAUAUGUGAAAGACAUAAUAACUCAAUCAAUGCAACUAUUGCUCCUACACCACCUUCCAUUAAAGGAGGAUGCCCUGAAUCUUGGCUUUUGUUUGAAAACAAGUGUUAUAAAUUCUUUGGAAUUAAUCAAGAAGACCAGAAAAAUUGGAAAAAUGCACGGAAAGAUUGUCAGAAAGAAGAAUUUGGAGGAAACCUUGUUGCAAUACUCAAUAAAAGGGUACAAGCUUUUCUCACCUUCCAUUUAAAUAAAUUCCAAAGUGAUGUAUGGAUAGGACUAAAUGACAUCAAUGAGGAUCAAAUGUACCUCUGGACAAAUGGAAGAGGAGUCAGUUACACAAACUGGGAGAAAGGAUUCCCACUGAGUUAUGGGCCAAACAGUGAAGAUUGUAUUGCAAUGAAAUCAUUGCCUUACAAAAGUGCAGGCUUAUGGAUAAAUAGUUAUUGCUACUAUAAGAAAGGGUACAUAUGCCAAGCCGACGUUCACCCCAAAUAUUCUUUUCUUCCAUCCACCACCCCAGAGCAGCGGUUCCGUUAUAGAAAUAGCAGCUACUUCAUAAUUGAAGCCAAAAUGACAUGGGAAGAUGCAAAACAAAGUUGUGAAAGGAGAGACUCGAGUCUUGCUAGCAUUUUAGAUCCCUUUAGCCUCUCAUAUCUCUGGCUAAAACUAAAACAAAAAAGGAUUGUAUGGCUUGGCCUCAACAGUAAUCUGACUGGUGGGCAAUAUAUAUGGAUUGAUAAAUUCCGGAUGAAAUAUACUAAAUGGGCAGCAAAUGAACCAAAACAAAAAUUAGGCUGCGUUUAUAUGGACUUGGAUGGGACCUGGAAGACAGAUUCAUGCAAUAAAAAGAAUUUUCCUCUUUGCAAAUAUCCCAAAGUGUUUCCACCUACUGUACCACCUCAAGAACCAGGAAACUGCCCACUUGCAGUGGAGAAAUCUUGGAUUCCAUUCCGUGGUCAUUGCUAUCACUUUGAAGCCUCAUCAAAGAUGAGUUGGCCAAAGGCAUCAUUAGCUUGUUUGCAAUUAGAUGCCUCUCUGGUUUCAGUAAUGGAUACAUCAGAAGCAAACUUUCUAACAGAAAUUACAGAAAACCUUGAAAGCAAAUCCCAAGCAUUUUGGAUAGGAAUGUUCAAAAAUCUAAAUGGUGAUUGGUUAUGGAUUGACAAUGCUGUUGUGAACUUUGUCAACUGGAACACUGGAGAACCUUCAAGUCAGAGUGAUGAAGAUUGUGUAGAAAUGUUUGCUUCAAAUGGGAUUUGGAAUAAUGUUUAUUGUAAUUCAUACCUUGGAUAUAUUUGCAAAAAACCAAAAGUUGUUGAAACAGUACCUACUGAGAAGAUAUCAGAAAACAAAGAAUCAAGAAAGACAGAUGUUAUUCCUUCACCAACCCACAACAACAAAGCCAUCAUUGUCGUUGUGCUAGUGAUUCUCAUUGUUUCCGGAGCUGUUCUCACAGGUUUCUAUUUCUACAAGAAAAGGAAGCAACAUGGCUCGAUAGAGGAGAAUUUUGAAAAUUCUUUUUAUUUUACUGGUGGAGAUGCUCCAACAACUAGCGAUGGAAUAGAUCUGGUCAUGAACAUGGAGAAGAAUGAACAGGCAACCAAUUAAUCUGGCAACAAUCUAAACUGUGUCUUGUUUAAUAAACACUGACUUCUGAAAGCACACUACCACAUUCUAAUGCCAAAUUGAUAUAAUAAUUAUAAGUCUAUCUGUUUCAUCAUCUUUACUAUAUAUUAAAAGCAAUAAUCAUUUCAUUGCAGACACCAUGUAACGCAGCUGCUUUGCAUUCAGAGUAAACAAUAAUACAUAUAGCUGAGUUGUUGGAUAACAAGAGGCAACUUACAACAUUUAAGUGAAAAUCUGUUCUCAAAUUCAUACUGCAGUUUGAGGGAAACAUGGCAACUGCUAAAUUUGAUAGUAUUUCUGGGACCAGAAAAAAAAAAACAGGGAAAGGAAAGAACAAUAGAACUACAUUACUGAGUUAGUAAGCUAUAUUCUAAUGCUGAAUUCCUGAAACAAAAAUAAUGGAAAAUUUACAUUAACUUGAAGGGCAAUAAUAAAUUAAAGAUUUGAAAAGGUGUCUUGUCUGGGGAAGUACUAUAGUUGCUUCCCUCUGUCUGCAUCACUAAACUUGCCCCUGUCUAAAUUAUGAGGAUAACAUCAUUUGAUUGCUGGAUAGCAAGAUGGGCAGCAUAUAAAUUUAAUAAACAUAAUAAAUUUAAUAACAUAAUAAAAUUUGAUAUAUUCCCCAUUGGUAAGGCAGAUCUAAGAUUCUACUGGAAUUUUUAAUUGCUUUAUUGAAUGUGUUGUACUUCUUAAAUAAGUAGCAAAUUUGCAAAUGCAAACGUAUCUAACAUAUAUUUCUGUAACAUCAUCAUAUGCUCAAAUUGUUAUUCAACAAGAAGCCUGCAAAUUGCAUAUCAAAGUAUUGGCAUUAUAUUAGUAUUACAGGAACAAUUUCAGAUUAAAUUUAUAUAGUAAAAUAGUAGAGUUGGAAAGGAUCCCAAGGAUCAUCUGAGGUUCCCAAGGAUCAUCUAAUCUAACCCUUUGUCCUAUGCAGGAAAAUCAAUUAGACCACUCUGAAGAAAUUAAAAUAUUGUCUUAAAAAUCUACAGAGAUUAAGAACCCAGAACUUUGGUAAAUGGAAUGUUUAACUUUCCAUCUGACCAUCACAAAGUUUUUAUUUUCAUGCACAUUAUUUCUGGUUCUAGUUUUGGGACAGUGCAAAAUAGUUUGUGAUUAUCUUCUCUGUAUGCUGCUCAGUUAUUGCAAUAAAUGUAAAAUAUUUGAACA